AUUAAAAUAAAUUUAUCAGUUUCUGUCCACCAUCGUCACCGUUCGUGAACACUGUAUUAAAUUAUGCAUUGAAAAUAGCCUUAAAGUAGGAAAUUUGAGAAUGCUUAAAGUAAGAAAUUUGAGAAUGCUUAUACGUAAACAUACAGCAAAACAAUAAACUUGUACAUAUUGCUCCGUUCAUUUAUUGAUUGUCAAUGAUUAACACAUACCUCUUAUAAAAUCAAAAUUAACGACUUGUUUGUCUUUGUGUGUUUAAAUUGAGUUCUGAAGUACAUUUUUUUCGCUGACAAGACGCUCUUGCGUAAAUAUGGAAAAGAGUUUAUGGAGUUACAUGGUAGCUUUAAAGCCUUUCAAUAGGUAAAAUCGCGUGUCGUUGUAGAUUUAAUUGAGGAAAUAGAAAACUGCACGUUGAACUUAUCAUAUUUUGAUUGGAAGACAGAUUGAAGAAGAUAGUGAAAAAUGUAAUAUGGAUUAUCCUUAUGCUAAAAGUAGAAAAAAAAUAUAUAGGGCGAGUAAUCAAGGUUCGAAUCCUGACCGGAUGGACGCAACACGGAAAAAUCUCGGAGAAACACAGAGAGACGAUAGCAAUGACUAUGGUUUCGACUGGUUGAAUGGUGGAUACAACUGGGAGGCGAGUCGCAGAGAAGAAUACGGCAUGUCCAGACGGGAUGUACCAGAAGACUGGGACGCCUUUGGUGCAACCAUGCGAGAUGACACUGGCAAUCGGAGACGUGACAAUUUAGGCCGAACCAUGAAAGAAAAUUUAGGCGCCACGCGGCGCGUGGAUUUAGGCGCCACCGGCGACACGCGCCGUGAGGAUUUUGGUGCGUCGGCUGCAGACGGCUUAAGAGCUACUGGCGGGAAUCCAUAUCGGGAUAGUCGGUAUGGUAAUCCUGAAGUGCCAUACUAUCGUCAAGUACUAGAUACAGGGAAUUACGGAGCAAGUAGAUCGAUCCCCUAUCCCACACCUGUGGGAGACGAAACCACAUAUCCUACUGUAGAACCGUACGAUUACGCAGUGAAAGAGGGAAAAUACUCAAUAGAUAGUGGACAAGAGACAGCUGCCGGGAAACCGAGGCGUUGGACGAGUGUAGCAGCCGACAAAAAUCUGAUGGAAGAAUGGCACACUAUGUUCGGCCAGAUAAGAACAAAAUGGGCGCCCAGUUCUGGGCUAGACGAUCCGGCAACUGUCUCCAAAUGGUCUGAUGAAAAUUCAAGCAAGGAUGGUGACCCACGAAUGCGUCACCUUAGGCUGGCCAUUAUAGUAGCUGUAGUGGCUGCGGUUGUUCUGGUGGCAGUUAUUGUGCCUACACUCCUACUUACACUCGGGAAGGACGAAGAAAAAGAAGUUCUGGUACAAUAUGAGUUUAAGGCCACAAUUACAAACAGAGAGUACAGUGCAGAUAUGGCCGACAGAAACUCUGACGCCUUCAAGAAUGUAGAAAACGAAUUUUGCGAUCAGCUGGAUCAAAAUGCUGCCAACAAGAACACAGCGGGUAUUUCCUACGAUGGAUGUUCCGUAAAAGAAAUUAAGAAUGGCAGUUUGAUCAUUAUUUACAUAAUUGUCAUCAGAACUUCAGUCGCAAGCGACGAAGCGCCACCUGCACCACAGCAAGUGAGUACUGUUGUUGGUAUUACAGUUGCCGCAACAGAUGAGCAAACUGUCGGUGUUUUGACGAUUGUAACUGUCGAAAUUGAAAUAACAGUUCCAACUGUCAUCACAGAGAAUGAGAAUCCUGUCAAGAAAAAGAUACAGUUCAACGGGACAUGCUCUGGUACCAAUAAGGAACGAUGUGUUACCAAACACUCUGAAUGUAUAGAAAGGGUUUGCAAGUGCCCAGUGGACAGAACCCAUGACUCUCCGUCUGACAAGUGCACUCAAAUCGACUGUGGUGAUGAACCUGUCAUAAACAACGGUACUGUAACGUCAAAUGGUACCAAAUAUGGGUCAACACUAAAUAUCACAUGUGAUGAAGGUUUCGAACUCUCAGAGAAUGCAACAAUUAAUUGUUCCACACCAGGGACCUGGGGAGAUAUGCCAUUAUGCAUGCCCAUGGAAUGCCCAGAGUUUAUAACACCAAACAAUUCUGAAAUAGACUCAAAUACUACUGGUCGCACAUAUACAGAUAUCAUUGAAAUCACAUGUAUAACAGGCUACGAGCUAGAUAGCAGUUUAUCUACGGUGACCUGUUUGGCCAACCAGUCUUGGAGUGAGUCCCCUGUUUGUUCUGUCGUAAACUGCAAUGCACCAGACAUUCCAGUUAAUACUAUUAUUUCAUGGGACAAACAGAAAUAUGAAUACAACGAAAGCGUUACAGUUGAAUGUUACACUGGAUUUCAGCUUGAAGGUAAUGCUACAAUUAGUUGUCAAGCAAACGGAACAUGGGAAGACAUUCCAAAAUGUUCUCCAGUGGACUGCGAGCCACUAAUUGUGCCAGAUAAUGCAGUCAUUGUUCCUGAUAAAAGUCAAUUUGUAUACCAGGAAAACGUUACAAUAGAAUGUGAUACAGGUUAUCAACUUCAAGGUAAUGCUACAAUUAGUUGUCAAGCGAAUGGAACAUGGAAAGACAUUCCAAAAUGUUCUCCAGUGGACUGCGAGCAACUAACUGUGCCAGAUAAUGCAGCCAUUGUUCCUGAUAAAAGUCAAUUUACAUACCAGGAAAAUGUUAUAUUAGAAUGUGACACAGGAUAUCAACUUCAAGGUAAUGCUACAAUAGGUUGUCAAGACAAUGGAACAUGGAUAAACCUGCCAGAAUGUCAACCUGUGAAAUGUGAAGAAUUCACCAAGCCCGAUAAUGCCGCUAUUUCUCCGAACAAACAGCAGUAUGAAUACAAUGACAACAUAACAAUCGAAUGUAACGAUGGUUACAAAAUUCAAGGUGAGAACAUGUUUAGCUGUCUAGCAAAUGGGUCAUGGACCGAUGUACCAACAUGCACUCAUAAAGAAUGCGAUCUAUUUGUUAAACCAGAAAAUGCUGAAUUUACACCUAACAAAAGCCAGUUUUUAUAUAGCGAAAAUGUAACGAUAAAAUGUAACAUUGGUUACGAGGUUCAAGGUAUAGAAACAAUUAGUUGUAAAACUGAUGGAACUUGGAUAGAUGUACCAAUUUGUUCUCCGGUUAAAUGCGAACUUUUUGAUGUACCAAAUAAAGCAAAAUUAGAACCGGACAAAAAACAAUAUACUUACAGUGAAACCGUAACUUUGGAAUGCAAAAGUGGAUAUGAAAUCCAAGGUAACUCCACAGUGAGAUGUCAAGAGAAUGCAUCAUGGACCGAAAUACCGACAUGCAAACCCAUUGAUUGUAGUCAAUUACAAUUACCCGAACAUACAGAAAGAAAUUUAAAUAUCACCGACCUAAAUUUUGACGAUGCAGUUUUUAUCACCUGUGAAAAUGGUUUUAUUUUGGUCGGUGAUAAUAAUAUAUCUUGUCACACAGAUGGUACUUGGCCGACAGUUAACUGCGUGCCUGUUAAUUGCUCGACGGAAGACUUCGCUAAACCCGAUAACAGCAUGGUUUCAAAUGUAAACGAUAGUGAUCUUGAGAUCGAGUGUGUUGAAGGUUACAUAAUAGACGGAAAUCCUUCUGUAACUUGCACGUCUGGAAAUUGGAGCGAAUUUCCAAGAUGUAACAAGGUAGACUGUGGAGCGUAUGGGUUCAUAGAAAAUGGAAAUGUGUCGUCGGAGACAGGAACAGAAUAUAAAGAUACAGUUGAAAUAUCAUGUAUAGAACAUUUUCGCUUAAUAGGCAAAAGUCCGGGCAUUUGUUUAUCCAAUGGUUCGUGGACAGACAAGCCCGAGUGCACGAUGAUUGAAUGCGGGAAGCUGAAGAUACCUAAACAUGCAGUAGUACCGGUAAACAUAAAUGACACCGUUGAAGGAACUGUUAUUACACUGGUUUGUAGAGAUGGAUAUGACCUCAACGGAAAUGGAACCGUUAUAUGUCAGGCAAAUGAAAAUUGGAGUGAUGUACCAAUGUGCGAGGCAAAGGAUUGUGGGGAAAUUGAUCCACCUGAAAACGGAAACAUUGUCAACCAAUCAGGAUCAACAGUAGGUAUGGUAGCGUUUAUAGAAUGUGAUAGUGGAUUUGAUAUAGUGGGAAAAGAAAAUGUCACAUGUUUGACGUCUGGAAAAUGGGGUUAUUUGCCAUCAUGCCUGAAAACUGAAUGUGGUAAAUAUACACCACCAGACCAUACAAAUAUAGUAAACAAUACAAUUAGUUGCGAGAAAGGAUAUAACCUGUCAGGAGACGCAAUUAUUGAAUGUUUGGAUGGAAAUUGGAGUGUUAAUGGUAAAUGUGAUCCGGUGCAGUGCAGUGACUUACCCGAAAUUGACAAUGCUAAUUCAUUAGAGAACGCUAACGACACGUAUUUGUAUGAAGAUACAAUUGACAUUACAUGUUAUGAAGGAUUUGAAAUAUCUGGAGACCUAAAGGCAAAAUGUAGUGAAAAUAAAACAUGGGUAAAUGUGCCUUCGUGCAGUCCUGUUCCUUGUAACGAGUUUCUCGUUCCCCCUGAUGUGGAAAUCGGUAACCAGGACACAAAGAGUCGAGUAUUUGGAGACAUCAUAAAUAUCACAUGCUCGAUUGGAUUUGAACUUGAGGGCGACGGCUUCGUUAUUUGCAAUGCAUCUGGAGACUGGGAGACUUAUACUUCUUGCAAACCAAAGGCUUGUCCUGAAUUUGCAGUACCACAAAAUGCCGAAUUUGAAAGAAAAGAUGGUUCACUAUUUGUAUUUGGAGAUUCUGUGAUAUUCUCAUGUGAAGAAGGAUAUAACUUAACCGGAAAUCAACAAGCGAACUGCACAGCUGACGGUGAAUGGACAGAUAUUCCUUCUUGCAGAAUUGUAUCCUGUAAACCUUUUCAAGUACCCCAAAAUGCCUCAGUUGGUCAGCAGAACCUUACCGGUUAUACAUACGGUGACGCACUAAAUAUCACUUGUGACGAAGGACAUUUUUCACGUGAUGGGUUGCAAGCACUAUGCGGAAGCGAUGGAGAAUGGAAAAAUAUUCCAGUCUGCGUUCCUGUAAAUUGUUCAGAAUUAACGGUACCAAACAAUGCAAAUAUAGGAAACCAGACAAUUGGCGGCUAUAAGUUUGGGGAUGUUGUACAAGUGAGUUGUCAUGACGGCUUUUCGCUAUCCGGCGUCAGUAAAGUGGAAUGUUUAGCAAACGGAACUUGGGGUGAAUUUCCAAGUUGUGAGAUAAUAGACUGUGGACCAUAUGAGCCGAGAGGCGAGACAUAUACUAUUGAAUCCAACUCUACAACUACGUAUAAUACCUCGUUAUCGGUUACAUGCGUAGCUGGCCUUGAACUAACAGAUGACUCGAUGAAGACAGUAUCAUGUGAAGCAGAUGGACAAUGGCAUGGACACAUCGAGUGUAAAAUUCCUGGAUCCGUAUCGUUUACACAAUCCGUGUAUGCAUUUGAUGAGGGUGACACUGGGCGUAUUACCUGCGAAGUGACAGAUUAUCCACGGUGGCAAACAGUAUUAUUAGCAAAAGAAGAUCAAGAUGACAGUGGUAUCACAACUCCACUUUUCAAGAUCUCCAAUGCCACUGGAUCCAUUUAUAAUGAAACACUGGAUUCCAACUACACUGUUGACUAUACGCUGGAAAAUGAUGGAGUUUCCGUUUCACUGAAAUUCGAAACCGUUACCUGCGGCAAUGAAGGGCUGUAUACAUGUGCUGUUGUUGUAGGUGAUCUUACCAAUGCUACCAAAAUGAAGUCCGCUAGCGCAAUUGUAAAUGUCUCCUGUACAGACUGUGGAAUACAUGAGCCUAUCACUAACACGUAUGUGAUAGACCAAAAUGGAGAGACGAAGAUAAAUUCGACAUUGCCUGUUACAUGCGUGGACGGUCUAGAACUAACAAAUGAAUCGGUCAAAGUUGUGACUUGUGAAGCUGAUGGAAAAUGGCACGGAAAACCAGAUUGCGCAAUUCCUGGAUCCGUAUCGUUUACACAGUCCGUGUAUGCAUUUGAUGAGGGAGACACUGGGCGUAUUACCUGCGAAGUGACAGAUUAUCCACGGUGGCAAACAGUAUUAUUAGCAAAAGAAGAUCAAGGCGACAGUGGUACCAGCACUCCACUUUUCAAGAUCUCCAAUGCCACUGGAUUCAUCUAUAAUGAAACACUGGAUUCCAACUACACCGUUGACUAUACACUGGAAAAUGAUGGAGUUUCCGUUUCACUGAAAUUCGAAACAGGUGCCUGUGACAAUGAAGGGCUGUAUACAUGUACUGUUGUUGUAGGUGAUCAUGCCAAUGCUACCGAAAUGAAGUCCGCUGGUGCAAUUGCAAAUGUCUCCUGUACAGACUGUGGAAUACAUGAGCCUAUCACUAACACGUAUAUGGUAGACCGAAAUGGAGAAUCGACGAUAAAUUCUACAUUGCCUGUUACAUGCGUGGACGGUCUAGAACUUACUAAUGAAUCGGUCAAAGUUGUGACUUGUGAAGCUGAUGGAAAAUGGCACGGAGAACCAGACUGCGCAAUUCCUGGAUCCGUAUCGUUUACACAAUCCGUGUAUGCAUUUGAUGAGGGUGACACUGGGCGUAUUACCUGCGAAGUGACAGAUUAUCCACGGUGGCAAACAGUAUUAUUAGCAAAAGAAGAUCAAGAUGACAGUGGUAUCACAACUCCACUUUUCAAGAUCUCCAAUGCCACUGGAUCCAUUUAUAAUGAAACACUGGAUUCCAACUACACUGUUGACUAUACGCUGGAAAAUGAUGGAGUUUCCGUUUCACUGAAAUUCGAAACCGUUACCUGUGGCAAUGAAGGGCUGUAUACAUGUGCUGUUGUUGUAGGUGAUCUAACCAAUGCUACCAAAAUGAAGUCCGCUAGCGCAAUUGUAAAUGUCUCCUGUACAGACUGUGGAAUACAUGAGCCUAUCACUAACACGUAUGUGAUAGACCAAAAUGGAGAAACGAAGAUAAAUUCGACAUUGCCUGUUACAUGCGUGGACGGUCUAGAACUAACAAAUGAAUCGGUCAAAGUUGUGACUUGUGAAGCUGAUGGAAAAUGGCACGGAAAACCAGAUUGCGCAAUUCCUGGAUCCGUAUCGUUUACACAAUCCGUGUAUGCAUUUGAUGAGGGUGACACUGGGCGUAUUACAUGCGAAGUGACAGAUUAUCCACGGUGGCAAACAGUAUUAUUAGCAAAAGAAGAUCAAGGCGACAGUGGUAAGAGCACUCCACUUUUCAAGAUCUCCAAUGCCACUGGAUUCAUCUAUAAUGAAACACUGGAUUCCAACUACACUGUUGACUAUACGCUGGAAAAUGAUGGAGUUUCCGUUUCACUGAAAUUCGAAACAGGUGCCUGUGACAAUGAAGGGCUGUAUACAUGUGCUGUUGUUGUAGGUGAUCAUGCCAAUGCUACCGAAAUGAAGUUCGCUGGUGCAAUCGUAAAUGUCUCCUGUACAGACUGUGGAAUACAUGAGCCUAUCACUAACAAGUAUGUGGUAAACCAAAAUGGAGAAACGACGAUAAAUUCGACAUUGCCUGUUACAUGCGUGGACGGUCUAGAACUUACAAAUGAAUCGGUUAAAGUUGUGACUUGUGAAGCUGAUGGAGAAUGGCACGGAGAACCAGAUUGCGCAAUUCCUGGAUCCGUAUCGUUUACACAGUCCGUGUAUGCAUUUGAUGAGGGUGACACUGGGCGUAUUACAUGCGAAGUGACAGAUUAUCCACGGUGGCAAACAGUAUUAUUAGCAAAAGAAGAUCAAGGCGACAGUGGUAACAGCACUCCACUUUUCAAGAUCUCCAAUGCCACUGGAUUCAUCUAUAAUGAAACACUGGAUUCCAACUACACUGUUGACUAUACGCUGGAAAAUGAUGGAGUUUCCGUUUCACUGAAAUUCGAAACAGGUGCCUGUGACAAUGAAGGGCUGUAUACAUGUGCUGUUGUUGUAGGUGAUCAUGCAAAUGCUACCGAAAUGAAGUUCGCUGGUGCAAUCGUAAAUGUCUCCUGUACAGACUGUGGAAUACAUGAGCCUAUCACUAACACGUAUGUGAUAGACCAAAAUGGAGAGACGAAGAUAAAUUCGACAUUGCCUGUUACAUGCGUGGACGGUCUAGAACUAACAAAUGAAUCGGUCAAAGUUGUGACUUGUGAAGCUGAUGGAAAAUGGCACGGAAAACCAGAUUGCGCAAUUCCUGGAUCCGUAUCGUUUACACAGUCCGUGUAUGCAUUUGAUGAGGGAGACACUGGGCGUAUUACCUGCGAAGUGACAGAUUAUCCACGGUGGCAAACAGUAUUAUUAGCAAAAGAAGAUCAAGGCGACAGUGGAACCAGCACUCCACUUUUCAAGAUCUCCAAUGCCACUGGAUUCAUCUAUAAUGAAACACUGGAUUCCAACUACACCGUUGACUAUACACUGGAAAAUGAUGGAGUUUCCGUUUCACUGAAAUUCGAAACAGGUGCCUGUGACAAUGAAGGGCUGUAUACAUGUACUGUUGUUGUAGGUGAUCAUGCCAAUGCUACCGAAAUGAAGUCCGCUGGUGCAAUUGCAAAUGUCUCCUGUACAGACUGUGGAAUACAUGAGCCUAUCACUAACACGUAUAUGGUAGACCGAAAUGGAGAAUCGACGAUAAAUUCUACAUUGCCUGUUACAUGCGUGGACGGUCUAGAACUUACUAAUGAAUCGGUCAAAGUUGUGACUUGUGAAGCUGAUGGAAAAUGGCACGGAGAACCAGACUGCACAAUUCCUGGAUCCGUAUCGUUUACACAAUCCGUGUAUGCAUUUGAUGAGGGUGACACUGGGCGUAUUACCUGCGAAGUGACAGAUUAUCCACGGUGGCAAACAGUAUUAUUAGCAAAAGAAGAUCAAGAUGACAGUGGUAUCACAACUCCACUUUUCAAGAUCUCCAAUGCCACUGGACCCAUUUAUAAUGAAACACUGGAUUCCAACUACACUGUUGACUAUACGCUGGAAAAUGAUGGAGUUUCCGUUUCACUGAAAUUCGAAACCGUUACCUGUGGCAAUGAAGGGCUGUAUACAUGUGCUGUUGUUGUAGGUGAUCUUACCAAUGCUACCAAAAUGAAGUCCGCUAGCGCAAUUGUAAAUGUCUCCUGUACAGACUGUGGAAUACAUGAGCCUAUCACUAACACGUAUGUGAUAGACCAAAAUGGAGAGACGAAGAUAAAUUCGACAUUGCCUGUUACAUGCGUGGACGGUCUAGAACUAACAAAUGAAUCGGUCAAAGUUGUGACUUGUGAAGCUGAUGGAAAAUGGCACGGAAAACCAGAUUGCGCAAUUCCUGGAUCCGUAUCGUUUACACAAUCCGUUUAUGCAUUUGAUGAGGGUGACACUGGGCGUAUUACAUGCGAAGUGACAGAUUAUCCACGGUGGCAAACAGUAUUAUUAGCAAAAGAAGACCAAGGCGACAGUGGUAAGAGCACUCCACUUUUCAAGAUCUCAAAUGCCACUGGAUUCAUCUAUAAUGAAACACUGGAUUCCAACUACACUGUUGACUAUACGCUGGAAAAUGAUGGAGUUUCCGUUUCACUGAAAUUCGAAACAGGUGCCUGUGACAAUGAAGGGCUGUAUACAUGUGCUGUUGUUGUAGGUGAUCAUGCCAAUGCUACCGAAAUGAAGUUCGCUGGUGCAAUCGUAAAUGUCUCCUGUACAGACUGUGGAAUACAUGAGCCUAUCACUAACAAGUAUGUGGUAAACCAAAAUGGAGAAACGACGAUAAAUUCGACAUUGCCUGUUACAUGCGUGGACGGUCUAGAACUUACAAAUGAAUCGGUUAAAGUUGUGACUUGUGAAGCUGAUGGAGAAUGGCACGGAGAACCAGAUUGCGCAAUUCCUGGAUCCGUAUCUUUUAUACAAUCCGUGUAUGCAUUUGAUGAGGGUGACACUGGGCGUAUUACCUGCGAAGUCACAGAUUAUCCACGAUGGCAAAUAGUAUUAUUAGCAAAAGAAGAUAAAGACGACAGUGGUACCGUCACUCCACUUUUCAAGAUCUCCAAUGCCACUGGAUCAAUCUAUAAUGAAACACUAGAUUCCAACUACACUGUUGACUAUACGCUGGAAAAUGAUGGAGUUUCCUUUUCACUGAAAUUCGAAACAGUAGUCUGUGACAAUGAAGGGCUGUAUACAUGUGCUGUCGUUGUAGGUGAUCCUGCCAAUACUACCGAAAUGAAGUCCACUGACACAAUCGUAAAUGUCUCCUGUACAGACUGUGGAAUACAUGAACCUAUCACUAACACGUAUGUGGUAAACCAAAAUGGAAAAACGACGAUAAAUUCGACAAUGUCUGUUACAUGCGUUGACGGUCUAGAACUUGCAAAUGGAUCGGUCAAAGUUGUGACUUGUGAAGCUGAUGGAAAUUGGCACGGAGAGCCAGACUGCGCUAUUCCUGGGUCACUUACAUUUACGGAAGACAGCUAUACGUUUAAAGAGGGGACAUCUGUGAAUAUUACCUGCCAAAUGAAGGAUAACCCGAACUGGAAAACGCUAAUGAUUGGAAAGGUUGAUGAUAAAAAUGGCGACCUUAGUAAUCAAAUAUUUACGAUCUCCAAUGUAACUGGUUUUGUCGAAAAUACUAUCUUCGACAACAACUAUAAUGCCAGCUACACACUGAAUAAAGAUGGUGCUUCAAUUUCACUGGAAUUUGAUCCUCUGACAUGUUCCGGUAAAGGGAUAUAUAUGUGUGCUGCAAUUGUUGGUGAAUUUGAAAGUCCAAUAGAAAUCAAUAAUACCAGCACAACAGUAAAUAUAUCAACUGAGUCAAAAAUCCCAGAAAUAACCAUCCCGGACAAGAUAUAUCUCGGUCGAGAAGCAAACGUUGAGUGCACUGGUCUUAUUGGAAAAGGAGAAUCUGGUCAAAUUGAAGGGCGACUCAUGCUUGAAACCAAUUUUGGGGACAAUGGUAGCAAUUUAACGUACAACGGGUCAGCUACUCCGGAAGACGUGGAUUGUUACUUCAAAGAUUCGAUUUCAGUACCAAUCCCUACAUCUACAGACACUUCAGGCUUGUGGGCACAGUGCGUUAUUCGUCCUUCCCAAGGAGAUGACCUACUGUCUGUAAAGGAAGACAUUCAUAUUCUAGCAUCAUAUGUUGCAUUUGAAAACAACGCGUAUGUAUUCAACAUUGGUGAGGAGAAUGCGUCGUUUGUUUGUGAUGUAGAAAACAUACCGGACUGGGGACGGGUAGAGAUUAGAAGAUCUGACGGUAGUGUGAUUAUUGCCAUUAACAGUUCUGACCAAUCAACGGACUCAAAUGAACCACAUAUAAGUUUGAUUGCAGAUGAAAGCAACACAACAAAUGAUUCUGUUAGGCUUGUUGUUGUUUUCGGCUCUGUAGAAUGCAGUGAUGCAUUGGGAGGUGUGGGUGAUGUUGAAUACGCAUGCGUAGUUAUGACUGAUAACAAGACUACAGAGGCUAGGACUACAGUGACGUUUCAAAGACCUCCUCAGAAACCACAUCUUACUUUGUCACGUCAGAUUAUAGAAGGACAACCAACAUGGGCAGGCAGGACAUUCAUUUGUGAAGGAGGUAUUGGAAACCCGCCAGGACAUAUCGAAGUGGAAAGUAAUUUUGACGGAGAAUUUGGAACUUUACUAGCACCUCUUCCUGGAGAAAACAAAACUUCAUAUGGAUUCAUAGUCGACGAUUCCAUAUCAGCAACUGAUUGUGGAUUUCAUCAAACUCUUGAAUUUGCUCUUGAGAAUAUAACAAAAGAUUACAUGCAUCAGAAAUAUCUUCGAUGUGUAACGAAACCGUCAGAUGAUCUAAAAAAUGGGAAUGUAGAGUACUCAGAACAGAAAUUAGUUAAAGUCGUACCAACGGAUUUUUGUGUCGGGAAAUCUGGUUAUGUGCCACAUCCAUACUUCUGCCAUCUUCGUGUACUUUGUGACAGUGCGACGGAUGGUAAAAUUCUCGGUGUCCCCGAAGGUUGCAAAGAACACCUAUGUUAUAACGACGCCUCUCAAUGUGUUGAAUGUUCCACUAUUGGUGGACGCAAUGUUACAGAACCUACCACAUCAAUAACAACAACAACGACAACACCUUCGCCGAAUUCAACAUACAUGGUAUGUGACAAUGUUUUGACCGGUACAUAUGACGAAAAUGUAGAAGUGACAUGCAGCUUAAACAAUAUUGAUAUUGACCUAAGCGGUUUGACUCAGUCACCAGUGACUAUCACGGCUGAUAACAGCAUUGGUUUGAUAUUUGAUUCAAGUCGAGAUAACUUAACUUCAAAUUCGUUUUCGACAACGACGGCAAACGAAAUUGUUCUCGAUACGAGUACAAUAACAUUGAAGUUCGUGCCCUUACAGUGCCAGCACAUAGGAAUAUACACGUUCAAGUAUUCAGAUCUUGAAGGAUCAAGUGAAGUGGAAGUAGUGGCAAACGUUUCGAAGCCGGCCAUAUCAAAACAGCCUGACCAAUUCUAUCGUAAUCAAGAAGUAAAGAUAACUUGCGGUGAUGAUGUAGGACGACCAAAAGGAAACCUUGUUUUAAAAGUAAAAGGAUCGGAUGAAAAUGAGUGGGCAGAUGUAGCCGAAGUAACGAAAACUGAAAACGAAACGGCUAGCUGUACUACUUUUUUGUCAGUCACGUAUGUCUUUUUUGUCGACGACGGCAUGGAGGGUCAAAAAUAUAUCUGUGAAGCAACAGGUGCCAACAAUGACAUUUUAGAGUCUGAUAUAGAAACUGUUACAGUUUUAAAUCCAGUUGUAUACUUCAUGAAGGAGUCUGAAACGGUGCAAAUAGGUAACAGUUUAGAACUUGAAUGCGUUCUAGAAGGAAAUUUGGCAUCCUCAGGAGCAAUUAUUACUAGAAACUCGGGCAAUGAGCAUGUAUGUGAUGUCAGCAGUAGUGGCAGUGUCACAUGUAGUUUACUGGAUAUGACAGGAGUAGCCACAGUAAAUGGAAACAGUUUGAAUGCAACUAUUACCAUCAACACAGUUAAAUGUGAAGAUGAAGGAACAUAUUACUGCGAAUCUGUCUCCGACAGUUCUCUUCAAGCGUUGACUGAAGUAUCAGUGAGAAGUAUGUAUUUUAAAAACUGA